AGUUUUCUAUAAGUUGUUUUUAAGGGCAGAUGGUUCUUUGUAGGAGAUUGCAGUUUCGUAUUAAAGAAUUGAAGAAAUCAGAACAUAAAGAUCUUGAAACAGAGAAUGUGGCAGAGGAUCGCUGCUCUGAAUCUGAUACAGAAGGGAGUGGUCAUCUGUCAGAUGGUGUGUAUAAUGCAUGCUGUUCUUCAGAGAUUAGAAAAUCUAGUUCCAGCAGAUCACAGUCUUUAGCCAGUAUGGAAGAGUUAAACGAUGAUGAACCUUUAAUUUCUCUCAAAUGUUCCACCAAAGAUUCACUCAAGGUGAAAUCCACUCCUUCAGGAAAACAAAAUAACACCAUCCAGACAAAUGUUUCAUCAAAAAAUUUGUCGAAGACAGACACCAAUGAACGGACAGUCAUUGGGCGUAAACGUGUUCGUUUAGUCCUUUCUGAUGAUGAAGAUGAAAUGCAAGAUGAGGUACCCUGCUCAAAAAGCUGGUCUAAGAAACAACCAUUAGAAUUUGUUGCUACAUCUGAUGAAUUGAAGAGUAAAAGUAACACAGCCAGUCCUGCUCGUAUAUUUCAGGAUGUCUCAGCCUAUACCACAAAUGGUGCCAUGAGGUUUUGCGAUCCUGUUGAUAUUGAACAAAGCUCUAGUUCAUGCAAAUCCAGGAAUCUUAAUUUGAUCACUCAAAAAGGCAAAGGUUUUAAAGCUUUAAGAUCCGAUGGAAGUCCUAUUGUUGCUAAUGGCUCUAAAGGUGACACCAGUGUCUCUAAAAAUGUAGUGUAUGACAAUGAUGCUGCCCAUCUUAUGUUUCUUACGUCUGACGAUGAACACAAUCAAUGCAUUACAUUCAAGAUUGACAGAGACCUAAUACAUUUGGAUUAUGACUCAUUUUCUGAUAAGUUAAGCAUUGAGUCUAUCAAGACUGAACUGGCAUGCUUAUACUACUUACGGCUUCCUAUAGAAAGAAGAUCAGAGGGGCUGCUUCCAAAAAUAAAGAAUAUAAAAUGGGGCGAGAGAGUUAUAGAAUCCUUGGAAGCAUUUGAAAUGCUUAAGCAGCAUAUGGGGAAAGCCUUGGUUGAAGCUUUUAUUGAUGGAUGGGUUCAAAAGAGGUUGAUAAAACUAUACACUGAUUGCUGCUAUAAGUCAUCUGCGACACCCAAUAUGAAGCUGCUUAAGAAACUCUAUGAGCAGGAGGUCUCAGAUGAUGAUGUUAGUGUGUCUGAUUGUGGACUGCAAGACUUUUCAUUAGCCCCAUUGUUGGAUGCCCUGCAUAUAGAUAAAACAUUUGGAAUGCUAGACCUUUCUCACAAUGCGUUAGGAAUUGAUACAAUGAAGAAGCUGCAGCAAGUAAUCACAUCAUCAUGCCAAAAGUAUGCUGGGUUGAUGUUGGAUCUCCACUUCAACCGAUUUAGUAUAACUUCUUUGGCUCAGAUUUGUGAAUGCCCUUCGCUAUUUGCUCGAUUGGAAGUGCUCAAUAUCUCUGAAAAUCCUCUUACUGAUAGAUGUGCAUCUUGCCUCUCCAUUAUCUUAGAAAAUUGCAAGGCUCUUUGCAGCUUGAGCAUAGAGCGCUGUUCUGUCACGUGUACAACAAUUGAAAAGGUUGCCGAUGCAUUGAAUGCAGAUUCUGUGCUUGAGCAACUUUGUAUAGGAUAUAACUCAAUUCGCGAAAAUACCAUCAUUAAUUUACUUUCCAAGCUUGGCACUUUGAAAAGAUUUUCAAAAUUAAGUCUGAAUGGACUGAAGCUAAAACAGUCUGUAGUUGAUAGCCUUUGCAAGCUUGCUAAAACCUUGUCCUUGUCAGGAUUAAGUCUUCGGGAGACUGGAAUUGGUAUUGAUGGGGCAUUACUAUUAACUGAGUCAUUGUUCAGCCAAACUUCAGAGUUUGUGAAACUUGACUUUUCAAAAUGUGAAGUGACGUCAAAUUAUGUUCACAAACUAAGCACUGAUUCUUCUAUGAUCUGUGGCAUUGUUGAGCUGAACCUUUCGGGAAAUCCUAUCAUGGAGGAGGGUAGCAAUGCGUUAUCAUCAAUGCUUUUGGAUUCUCAAUGUUCUCUGAAAGUGUUGUCCCUUCAAAAGUGCAAGCUUGGGACUGCUGGAAUUCUUCGAAUAAUCCAAGCACUAUCGGAUAAUGGUUGUCUUGAAGAGCUAAACCUUGCUGAUAACGCCAAUGUGGAAAAACAGUACUCUGAAUCUACUCCGACCUCAUCUGCACCAAAGGAAGCUAAUCCUGCUCAACCAGGUUCCUGCCAAGCGAACACUGAUUUAGAUAUGCUUGAAGUUGCUGAUAGUGAAGAUGAUCAAGAAAAAGUUGAAACUGCUGCACAUGAAUUUGAUGACAGCUGCACAAGCCCGUGGCAAAGUACUUCCUCGUCUUCUAGGAGCCAGUUUAUUCAAGAGCUUUCUACCGCCGUUAGUAUGGCAAAAAAUUUGCAGCUACUGGACCUUAGCAUUAACGGCUUCUCCAGAGAGAAUGCAGAGACAUUGUAUUCUUCAUGGUCAAGCUCGAGAGUCGGUUCAGCACGGAGGCAUAUCAAGGACCAGACCAUCCAUUUAUUUGUGAAGGGAAUCAAGUGUUGUGUGAAACCCUGCUGCAGAAAGGAUUAGUUUUCUUGCUUCUUGCUGCAACAACAUCCUCAUUGAGUACCAGUACCAACUUCACCUUUAAGAUCACGGUGUAACUUCAUACUUCCAAAUUUAUCGCACAUUAAAACUGGAAAAUGUAUAGAUACAUGACUGCGUAAUCAUGCAGACCAUAACCUGACGCCAGGGGCAUGUUGCUCCGCUCCAUUUCUAUUUGCAAUGAACAAAAGUUUGAUACAGUUUCGAUGUUUUCUUUUUAUAUUGCUGUCAAUGAUAUUUUGUUUUGGGCCUUUGGCUCUGCUCUUGCUCGAGG